CGGUCACAGUGAAGCGACAGCUGAAACCGCGAGACUGACCCUAACAGUGUCAUCUCCAAUAUCAGGAUCACCACCAGCAGCAUCUUCUGCUCCAACUGUUGGAAGAGAAUCAAGGACAUCAUCGUCGUCUGACCCCACCAUCUCCGUCCACGAUUUUUCGCAAGAUCUCUGUCUUCGCCGGUCUGCUCGCCACUCUCCAGUCUGCUGCAGGCAGCACUUGUAUUGUGUCCGCAGCAGCCAUUAAAAUCCAAUUGUUGGAAAAGCACUUUCGCCCAUCCAGUUCGAGCAAAAGCACCUUCUUCUAUUUAUGCGCGAAAAGUGCUAUUUAUAGCAUCAACGAGAGAGCCACCACUACGAUAGUGAUGGCAAGCCCACCUCACCACCCUGAACAAUCGGCCUUCAAUCGGUGACUCUUGUUGAUCAGGGAGUGGGGGGAAAGAGCUGCGGAUGAAUUUUUCCCCAGGAAAUAUUUAAAAUUCUUUGAAUGGUGCUUCAUAAUGGGUGCACAGGACUGGAGAGGGGAGAGAUGUUUUCCAGAAGCUCGUUCAUCGAAGUGCUCUUGACUCGAAGCUGUCGACGCGGACUUUUCUGGUCUCUUUUUUAUCUUAUCGUCUGUUAGCUCGGUUCAAAUCGUUUGCUCAAACACUGCCCCCUUGUUCUUCUCGCUUUUCAACACGUACAUAAAAAAAAAAAAUUAAGCUCAGGAUUCAUCACCGAGAUGUGCUGGAUCUGCAUUGUUCAAGUGUUCUUUUUUAUCAGCUGCCUGUUUAAAGGCAUUCACUGCCAACAACAACAAUACAUUCGUGCUCGUCCAAACGACACAGAAAAUGCCGACGGACAAAAUGUGGAUUUCGAGUGCCAUGUGGCCAAUAAAGCUGGAUCCGAUGACUGGAACAAAGAAGCUUUUAUGCUGGUUCCUCCUCAGCCAUUAUCUAUCAAUGAUCUUCCUGCUGGCAACAACAUUGAAGUUCGGCAAGGUGAUAAAGUCGUUCUCUACUGCAAAGCUGUUGCAAGCAAACCUCCGACACAACUCGUAUGGUACAAGAAUGAAAACGAACUGUUUGACGAGGACGCCGAGAUGUCUUUCGACGAAGACAAACACCGUCGUUAUACGACAACCAGCUCAAUCACUCUCUACCCCCGGGUGGACGACAAUGGUGCUAUCUACUCCUGCGAAGCUCGCCACCCUUCUCUCGAGAGGUAUCUCAGGUGCUCAGUUGCCAUCAAUGUGCUUCAUGCUCCAGGUAUUCCGCAAAUCGAGGGUUAUAUCGAAGGGGAUGUCGUGACGUCCGGAGACAUGCUGACACUGGCAUGCAUCACCCGCGGAGGUAAUCCCCCACCCCAGCUCAUCUGGAAGAGAGGAAAUGUACAGGUGGACGCCACUUACACAGUCAGGGGGCACGUCACCACCAACAUCCACACAUUUAGAGUGGACGCGACUGACAACAAUGGAGUCUACCGCUGCGAAGCGUCCAGUAAUGAGAUUGAAGAGCCUAUUGCAGCCUCAGUCAAGCUGAGUGUACAUUUUCCCCCCUCCAAUGUGAAACUGGUCGGGCCUCUACAAGCAAAAAGAGGCGAUACCAUCACCCUGACGUGUUCAACUGAGGUCAGCAACCCGCCUUCUCAAAUCACGUGGGUGGUAGACGGUUCCCGAGUGGUUGGGGGUGAGUCGGUCACCAACAAGAUGGCUGACGGCUGGGUGACCUCCUCGAACCUUACCAUCACUCUCACUAGGCAGGAUCCUGAUGUGAAAGUGUUCACUUGUUACGCUGAAAACCCUCCUGUCCGGAAAAAGACGUACAGGACACACAAGUUGACAGUAACCUCAGAUCCCCCUCAGCCACCGACCAUCCUGGGGUACGAGGAAGGAACCCCCUUGCGGGUGGGCCAGCUGCGAACCUUCAACUGCGUCGCCCUGGGCGGCAACCCACCCGCCACCCUCAAGUGGUACAGAGGCGACAGGGAGGUACGCUAUCAUCCCUGGCGGCAUAUCAAUACGCCAACUGUGAAAACGGGUAGCGGUGUCUCCAGUGAAUUGGUGAUACAAGUGGAGCCCAGUGAUAACGGCAUGAUGUACAAAUGUGAAGCUAAUAACACUGCCACGAAGGUCCCCUUAGUUGCCUUUAUAAAACUUCUCGUAUAUUUUCCACCUUCUAAUGUGACUAUUACUGUUAAUCCUUGUGAUCCAAAGGCUGGUGACGAGGUGAUUCUGACCUGCACUUCCAGUAGCAGCAAUCCACUGGCGCGAAUAUCGUGGAAGAGAGACGGCCGACACGUCCGCGAUCACGUGGAGGAGACAGUGAGUGCUGAAUAUGGUGCUAUCUCCACUCGCAGCGUCCUCACGUUCACGGUCUCCAGCUCAGACGAUAAAUCCAUCUUCGAGUGCAAGGCUAAAAGCGAUGAUUUGCCGGCCGUUACCAACAACGUAACGAUAAGAGUAAGACACAAGCCUGAAUUCCCGGAUCCAUAUCAAAGAGUAGACGUAAUAGAAGGUAUGAACGCAACAGUCAAUGUGAGCGUGAACGCGUAUCCGAAUAUCGCGUGGUUCUCCUGGACGAAAGAUUCGCAGUUGAUCCCUCCUGUUUCGGAAGCUGGCGAUCACAACCACCGAGUGGUUUCUUCUGGCCCAGUCCUCUAUAUUCUGAACGUCGAAAGAAAAGAUGGUGGCACGUACGUUUGUAUGGCGGAGAACGAAGAAGGAACGUCGAACGCUACUAUCAUUCUCAACGUUCAGUAUCCAGCAACUGUGGUCAAUAUUACUACGAUGGUGGUCGUGGCAGAAGGUGACAAUGCUUAUUUCGAAUGUAGCAUUGCAGCGAAUCCCAUUACCCCAGAUAUGAUCCGAUGGAGCACAAAAGGUGGAAAUGUCAUCCUCAGAGAGAAUCAGCAAUUCACGGAAAACGGCCGGUCUCUGCUCACGCUUUUCAACGUGACAAAGCAAGAUUCUGGGACUUUCGAAUGUGAGGCAUAUAAUGGGAUUUUGGAUCCGGAUGUCAAAACCGCAAAAUUAGUUGUAUUGUAUAAACCAACUAUCAUAAGAAAUCAGAUAAAUACAAAAAUAGCAGCUGAACUUAAGUCAACAAUUGAAUUGAAAUGCAUAGCAGAAGGUGAUGGUAACAUCAGCUUCGUAUGGUCCUUCAAUAGCACUGUGAUUAUACAAGGACUGGACAUCGGCCGUUAUGACAUUCGAUCUGCUCAUACGCAUGACCUGCAGUGGUGCAGUGUGUUGACCAUUAAGAGGGUCAGAUCAGAAGACUUAGGAGAAUACACUUGCGUAGCCAGAAAUAAUUUAGGAUACGAUUUCAUUAAAUUUACACUGGCCAAGAAAGGUGCUCCCGAACCACCUGCAGAUUUGAAAGCUGUGAACGAAACUAUAGAUGCUAUAACAUUAGUCUGGUCUCCAGGAUUCGACGGAGGUGCAGAACAAAACUUCCGAAUUCGCUACAAGAAGUCGGAUUCUUCCAUUUACUUCUACAGAGAAGCUCCGACAAACGCAACAUCGUACACGAUCACGGGAUUGGAACCCGGAGCUCAAUACGAUUUCUUCAUUGCCGCCUAUAACAGUAUUGGCGAAAGUGCCUUCACUGAAAACGUGCUAUCUGUCUCAACAAAAAGCGCAAAACCUGAAGUGACAACAAGUGCAGCAGUGACGAUGUCUGCGGCAGAGAAGCAACGGCGCUCUGACAACCGCAUGUGGUUGAUGUCUUCAAUAUUGGGUGGCGUGUCCUUCCUAGUGUCCUGCAUUUGUUGCGUGAUGUGUAUAUGGAGGAAAUGCUCACUCCUAACGUCCGAAGUGAUAAUUCCCAUUGCUCAACUCCAGGCAGCUGCGGACGAGGCACACGGCGAUAUUUGCAACAGACUUCUCAUUCAGCCCGAGCCCAAGCAAACGCCACCUGUUGCAGUCGCCGCUGUCGGCGUACAAAACGAGACAGUGCAAGAACAAGUGCAGCUCAGAGAUUUCCAGGCUGAACAACAAGAGCAACCUCAAACAAGGACUCUUAGUUGGGAAGACACAGCCAGAAGCGAAUACAGUCGCACACGAUCGCUUAGUUUUGAUAGAGGAUGCUAUGCCAAUGAAGAAGGCCAAAUAAAGGACAGCGUCGGCUCUGUCAAUAAUAUCCAUGCAGCUUCCACAGCUGAACGCUCCGAUGAGAACCAAAAGUGCCUUGCAGAGCCUAAGGUAAAACUAAAGGAACCAUCGGACCUUUCAUCUUCCCCCCGCUCAACAAGCCCCGAGAGCCCACGCUAUUCUUCGACUACAUCGUCGGAAUCUUCCGAUACCAGAAGUUCGGUCUACCACGAGAAGACAUCACUGCAUUCCUUGCAUUCGCUGCAUUCUCUGCACUCGCUGCACUCUUUGCAUUCGCUUAGAAGUACGCUUUCACUGUCCAGGAGUACUCAACUAAGAGGUCUGGAUUGUAUAACUGUUAAGCACUCGCAUCCAAUUGUGCUCAUUAAUAUUGAAAGCGCUGGGACGUGCCAUCACGCCCCUCCUGAUUCUUGACAGCGGGCCCAAACCGUAGCUUUAGAUUUAUCAGCAUUUCCCGUCCCCGAAAGACAGCUCACAUUACGAUUCACUUGAGUGAAUAUCCUAUAGCCAUUCCACUAUUUUAGCCUUCGGUGUCUGCUCAGAUGGGCCUAACAUCGAAAGACAUUCUAUCCCGAAUAAGUGCCUCUGGUUAUAAUAUUACACCAGUUAUACCUUGGAGAACCGGAACGGAUCUAGAAAACAGAAGGCAGCAUCUGGACCCCGCACUCCUUGGUCGGCUCAAUUUGCUGGUGCCACAACUAACAUAUACACUUCUCAAGUAGGACACGAGGAUUCUGCUCCGAUCAGACAUGGGGCAACUUGAAGCCAUAUGGAGCCAAAUAAUUUCUUUCUCGGGCGGUGAAAUUCAUCAAUGUCAAGCUUUGCAGGGAUUUCUUUAAAAAUCUAAUGUUCAUAUAUUUUUUUUUAUAAGAAAAGGGCAAACAGGUUGGAUGCUCACUUUUGUUCAAUUUAUCGUUUGUAAAAGCAAUGUCUUGAAAAUUCAAAACUCAUUUCUUAGGUAUUUUGAAAAUUACGUGACUUUAGCGAUGGCAUUAGAAAUGGGUUAAUUUUUUUUUUUGCUAGUGCAAGUAGAUAAAUUUAAAUCAAA